AAACACAUAACUUUUACUUUCGCGCGCUGAAUUGUGUAAUAAGCCGAAAAAGUAAGGUUGGAGUUACUUUUCUAGCUGUAUUGGCUGAAGUUACUGUAGAGGACCAUUUUAGCUAUUUUUACAUAUAAUUUUUUCUUUAAUUUAUUAAUAAAAUAUAUUUUUAAAAUAUUUUUUUCUUAAAUUAGUAGAAUCAGCCAAAACAGCCACUCCAGCCAGAAUAUCAUAAAUUUCAGCAGAAUCAGCCAAAACAGCCGAUUUUGGUGCUACCAAACGGGCUCUAAAAGAUAAUCCAUAUCCUCAAAUUUGGCUGUCAUUAUUAUUUUCUUAAACAUGUUUUAACUAGUCUUAUUCUUUUAUUAGGAAUAAAUGAGUCUUACAUUUGAGACAAAAAAAUUCAAUGAUAUUUUUUUACCCAUAUACUUCGUAUAACUAAAAGAUUAAGGAAAAAGUACUUUUUGUUAAGAGCACUUUCAGAUAGGGACUCCAAAGUUUCAUUUCUUCCCAAAGUUGUCUUCGUGUUUUAGGUCUGUUACUACUUGUGGCAUUAGAAUCAAAACUCCAUUAAACACAACUGAUGAGGUGGGCGUAAGUUCACAACUUCACAUGAGAAAGAUGAUGAACACUCACUUUAAUUCUCAAAAGUUCUUGAAAAAUUAAAAGAGAAGUAACGAGAGAUGCGCCUCGUCAAAACGAGCUUAAAAAAAUCUUCCUUUUUUGUUUCGUGCCACCUCUGUCACAGGAAAGUUCUUAGAUGCACAGACAAUGCACAAUACCUCAACCAAUGGGUAGUUCCAAAAGUGGAUCAAUGGUGUUUUCAGCAAGUCAAAAUGGAUAUGUAGGUUUUUCUUAGGCGAGGCCCAAUCCAUAGAUUGAAAAUAUUUGUUCCCAUUACAAUUCUUGCAUUUGCUGUCUUGGUUCCUGUUAAUUGGACGGGUGAAUCAUUGCAGAAUCACAAGGACAUAACGUACAAUGACAUUGAUAAACUUUCAAUCUCAAAUAUUGAUUCUGGAUCAGCAAGGUUAUGGGCACACAUAACUAUGGCUUAUAUGUUUACAUUUUGGACCUUCUAUGUUCUCUACAAAGAGUACAAAAUUGUCUCCACCUUGAGGUUGCAAUUCCUUGCUUCUGCAGAUCGCCGUCCUGAUCAGUUCACUGUCCUUGUGAGAAAUGUCCCUCCUGACCCUGAUGAAUCUAUUAGUGAGCACGUUGAACACUUCUUCUGUGUAAACCAUCCACAUCAUUACCUUUUACACCAGAUUGUAUACAAUGCAAACAACCUUGCAACACUGGUGGAGAAAAAGAAGACUAUGACAAACUGGCUUACUUACUACCAAACAAAGUAUGAGAGAAACCCUAAAACAAAGCCAAAAACAAAGACAGGACCUUGGGGCCUUGUGGGAACAACUGUUGAUGCCAUUGAUUAUUACACUUCUGAAAUAAAGAAGUUGAGUGAAGAAGAAGAUGUAGAAAGAGAGAAAGUGUUGAGUGAUCCAAAGGCAAUAAUGCCCGCGGCGUUUGUUUCAUUCUCGUCUCGAUGGGGAGCAGCCGUGUGUGCCCAAACACAGCAAACAAGUAACCCGACCAUCUGGCUGACCGAAUGGGCUCCCGAACCGCGUGAUGUCUAUUGGAACAAUCUUUCCAUCCCAUAUGUUGAACUCAACAUCAGAAGGUUGCUCAUGGGAGCUGCUUUCUUCUUCCUCACCUUCUUUUUUAUGAUCCCCAUUGCAUUCAUUCAGUCUCUUGCCAGCAUUCAGGGCAUUGAAAAGGUCUUUCCUUUCUUGAAGAAAUUGAUUGAAAUGGAUAUUGUGAAGUCUUUUAUUCAGGGGUUUCUUCCAGGAAUUGUGCUAAAGAUAUUUAUGAUUGUACUUCCAACAAUUCUGAUGACCAUGUCUAAAAUAGAAGGCUUUACAUCACUUUCAUCUCUAGAGAGAAGAUCGGCCGGAAAAUAUCAUUUGUUUAUAUUUGUGAAUGUAUUUCUUGGAAGUAUUAUCACUGGAGCAGCAUUUGAGCAACUCAAGACUUUUAUGAAUCAGUCACCAACCGAGAUCCCAAAAACGAUUGGGGUAGCUAUUCCAAUAAAGGCAACAUUCUUUAUUACCUACAUAAUGGUAGAUGGUUGGUCUGGCAUUGCUGCAGAGAUCAUUAGAUUAACGCCACUAAUAAUGUUUCAUAUAAAGAACAGUUUCUUGGUGAAGACAGAGAGGGACAGGGAGCAAGCCAUGGAUCCUGGUUCUAUAACUUUUGCUACCUCAGAACCUCGUAUUCAACUUUAUUUCCUCUUGGGCCUUGUUUAUUCUGUCAUCACUCCCAUACUCCUUCCUUUCAUUGUUCUCUUCUUUUCCUUUGCCUAUCUGGUUUUCCGCCAUCAGAUCAUCAAUGUUUAUGAUCAGAAGUAUGAGAGUGGUGCUGCAUUUUGGCCAGACGUGCAUCGACGAAUAAUCAUAGGCAUGAUCACAUCCCAAGUUCUGCUUAUGGGACUAAUGAACACCAAAGGCAUUCCCACUUCAACUCCUGUCAUACUUGUUCUCCCUGUUUUAACUAUAUGGUUCCACCAUGUCUGUAAGGGCCGAUUUGAGUCUGCCUUUGUCAAGUACCCAUUACAGGAUGCAAUGGUGAGAGACACGUUAG